UUGCCACUGGUAGCAAGAUGCGGAUUUCUCUCGUGUGCCUUGCAUCUUUGGUGCUUGGGGUUUGCACUUCGACAACAAAAGAGUCUCUCCAGAACAACAAUAAUGGUCUAAAUGAAGGUGAACCUUUGUUGAUCCCCCAAGAAAACCGCAAUGGUUGGGUCGAUCCUGAAGACUUGAAGCCCAUGCCGCAGUGUAUCGCUCAGCAAGAUCCAUCUACGUGGUUGGGAGCCAUGUCCCAGUGUACGGCGAAACAAUGUACCCGCCACUUUGGAAUUAUUUGCACUCGCCACCAAUGGCUGAUCCAGCUCAGCUGCCUUAGCACUGAGUUUUCCUCUGGUGUCAUCUCAAGUUACAUGCCAUAUUGCAGUAGAUCAAUUCUCGCCAAAGCACAGCUGUAUUCAUGGAUUCAUGAAAUCACUGGUCGAACAUGGCUUGUGGAUGUUGGCGACGCAAAUGAUGUGCAAGAUCUAUCACCCUUAUCCCUGGCCCAAGGCUAUGCAUCUAUGGCUGCGACACGUUACGCCCCGGCGUGCCUAACAGGAUCGUCCUCGAGUCAAACGAUGGAGCCAUUUCAACAUGCAAUGGCGUCUUGUAGUUUCACAAGCACACCUCGCCACACCGGAAGGGCCGACCGUCCUUGGGAAUAUCGCGAAGACCUACAUUCUGUCAUCGCACUGGAGUUUGAGACACCAGGCUACGAUCUUACUAACAGGAGGAUCGAAUCUGGAGAAUAUUUUGAUAAAGACUGUUUUUGCAGCACCUUCAAACUCGACCCUAAAAAGGAAUCUUGCUCGGAACCAAGGGAAUUGAAAUGGACCCAGGAGCAGUUAUGGAUGAAUGCUACAUGUGGGCACACACCUCAUUCCAAGAACUGGACGGACUCACUCAAAACAAUCGGGUACAAUUAUAUAUCUCCCAUGGAUUGGAAAUGGCCUGCCGUAGAUUUGCCAAAGCAGAUGAUCAGCCUUGCUCCAGAAUUUGAAACAGAAGCUUGUGAGAUUGACUCUUCGGGCUACUGUCACGUCGAGCCUGCGAUUGACAGAAGCAAGUUCUGUCAAAAAAUCAGCUAUCAUUCCUGCGGAGCAUCAUGUCAGUUCUUUGAGGCGCGAAUAAAAUACGUCAACUGGCUACACGAUCUAUGUGGCGAUGUACCGGAUUGGCAUGGUCUCCCAGGCAACUGGCACCGCCUGGCCGUUCCCAACACCCUGGACAUGCUUCCGUGGCGAUGGACAGUCAGACCACAUGAUAGCUCAAACAGAGUCGAUGAAAACCAUUCAGACUACAUCAUACCAGGGGAGUGUGCCUCGGAUGACCAUGUGGUCAAAAAUUUCGUCCUCAUCCAUGUGGUUAUUGUCGUUGCGUCUUUCUACAGUCAAGGAAUAGCGAUUCGCCAGAUUGCGCGAGCUUUUCCGUGGCUCUCAUAUCAAUCUUCAUGGCUCGUCAAAGGCAUCCAAGUAGCUGCUCUCCAAUUGCUUGGAAAUUGGGCGAAUGCAGUCUUUGUCCAACAAACGAAUCGUUACGAGCAUGUUCCUGUUAUCCAACUGAUACUCCUCUGGUGCUCAAUGCCUCGUAUCACCUGGCUUCUGUUUCUGCUUCUUGGUCUAAGGCCUUGGAAUAAAGUGAACUUCUCCGCUGCCAAGUCAUUCUUACUCGCAGAGAUGAUUCUCCAGGCUCUCUCGGCUUAUCCUAUGCUCCUCACUAUCAACUAUGGCCGCGAGCACAAUUUCUAUCUAAGGGACCUAGAAGACGUGAAACACAGCCUACUAGCAAGAAUAAUGUACUAUGGUGCGCUAAUGUGGCUUAUCAUUGUCGCGAUGACAAUCUUGUGGACGGUGCAAAUUGCAAGUAGAAUGAACAAGAUGAUCGAUCAGGAGCCGGAAUGGGUGGAAAGUAGACGAAAAGUCUCAGUAAUCAUGAAAGGACUAACCAAAAUGUUUGAUUCACCCCAUGCGUGGCUGGGAGAUGAACUACAACAAUGUUGGAUGGGGAAAGGUGGCGAUCUGGGCGAGAGAUCAUCGUUGCUCCACGGAGGCGAAAAUAUCGCAACGUAUGGCGCACUCCCUGUUCAAAGCUCUAGCGAUUCCCGGAAAGAGCUGGCAAGUUUGUAUGCGGUCGUGUCUUUGGGUAUGCUUUCCCUCUGGGUUGCGCAAUGGUUGUUCUGGAUAGGAUUUAUCCGUCUGAGUUCGGAAGAGUUCUGCCUCCCAAAACUUGGUCUACUUACGGUUGUCUGGACUGUAUCCUCAUUGGCUAGCAUUACCGCUGCGAUGUGA